GUGGUUAAGGUUAGGGUUACGUUUAAAAUGUGAAUGUAUGACUUUGUGGCUGUGCCAGCUAGUGACCACACUGCAGAGCUGCUUCCAAAACAAGAUUCAUGACGAAAAACGCUAACCUGCGUGAAAAUAGGGACCCCUGCCUGUUGGCCUGCUUCGCUUCCUGCGCCCCUUUUUUCCUUUGGUUUGUAUGUUUGUCCGAUUUUUAGUAGCAUGGUUUUUAAGUUAAAAGUAAAGAAGCAAUUGGUACACAGAAAUUAAGCAUUUUUAACUGAAUUGUGAAAUCGAAUUGAGAAUGUGUUAACUUGAUUACUGAAACGGUGAUGAUUGAAAACCAUACCUUAUGAAAAAUAAUUGUAAAAAAACGGUCCUUUUUGUUGUCUGCCUCUGGGUCACUCUGCCUGCUCAAUCCAGGCCCUAGAACCUGGCACUUUUCCAGCUUGUCACAUCUAGGCCUAUAUAACAUUAGUAACAGUCCAUCAAUAAUUGGCUGGUGGGUCUCCUACGUUGUUGUCAUGGAAGAUAACAGAAGCCAUGGAAGAAGGAGGGCGCAUCCCUUUAAUUUUUGGAACGUCUACUUUCUCCAGAGGCGGGAGUGUGCUGUGACUCUGCCAAACCCAAUCGCAACGAACAGACAUAUCAGCAUCCGACCACGAAAGGACCCACAUAUGUUUCAGCAAUCAUGUAAGAGCAAUGCCAUACGUCACACCUUUAAAAACUUGCUCCCAACUCAUCAUGUAGCCAGCUUUAUGGGGUUCAAAUAAGAGACCACUCCUAUCAAUAGCAAGAAUAUCCGUUGCUUCCAUUGCGCUGGGGAAAACAUCGCACAGGAAGAGAAGAGAAAAUGUCUCCUUCCUACGUGUUCUUCCUCUUCUUAUGGAGCUCUGUUAUUGGAGUCGGACACGGCUGCCCUGAACUAUGCGACUGCUCCGACAAAUACGGACGCCACUUCGCUGAAUGCUCCUACAAAGACUUGGUUGACAUCCCUGAAGGGUUGCCGCCCAACGUGACCACUCUGAGUCUCUCUGCCAACAAAAUAUCUUUGGUGGUGUCGGGCAGCUUCGACAACGUGACCCGAGUCACGUCCUUAUGGAUGGCCAAUAACGAGAUAGUCACCAUCGAGCCAGGUACCCUGGCGCCCCUGGUCCAGCUGCGGAACUUUGAUGUCAGUCACAACAAGAUGGUGGACUUCCCUUGGGAGGAUCUCCAUAACCUCACAGCCCUGCAGCUGCUGAAGAUGAACCACAAUGAGAUGAUCCGUCUGCCUAAAGACUCCUUCUCUAACCUCAAGGACCUGAGGUCUCUCCGCCUCAACAACAACAGGUUCACCACUAUAGCGGAGGGGACGUUUGACGGCCUGAUCUCCCUGUCCCAUCUACAGCUCUAUAACAACCCGUUCAUAUGCCACUGUAGGAUAAACUGGCUGAGGGAUUGGAUUCUAAAGACCACCAUAUCGGUUCCGGAACAGAACUAUAUUGUCUGUGACACUCCGGAGCAGUUUAGAGGAGAGGUGAUCGUGAAACUGUCUGAGUCGAAGUGCAUGGCCCCUAAUGUUAGCAUAACGCCUGAGCCUAACGUUGACAAUACAACGCUCUAUGAAGGCACAGUGUUGAUCCUGAACUGUGAGAUCAAAGGGAACCCAAAGCCAGAGGUUAUCUGGAAAAUCCACACAAACCGCCAAAGCGUAGAGUACCCUCUGUCAACCAAAGAUGGAGAAUUAGUAGAAUCCAAUGAAUCUAAUGAGGAUUCUAAAAUGGCAGACGAUCCGUUUAAAAUGUUCAACAACGGCACUCUAGUCAUACCACGCCUUAGUGAAAAGGACAAUGGCAACUACAGCUGUUCCGCCACCAAUGAGUUUGGUAAACAUGACGAUUCACUAUCAAUAGUAGUAAUACCAAAACCACCCCCACCUGUUGGAAAAGUGAUUGACCCACCAGUUAUUAUUAAUAGGGAGAAAAUCCCAUCAGGACUUCAACCUGCGAUCAAAACCUCUCUUAGUAACCCUUUCAAACCGUUCAAUAUUGAUGGAAAGUAUAAUAUCUUCCCAACCCUUCCUCCCUCCAUUGAAGUUGACACUGAGCGUACAGAGCAAGUGUCCAGACAUCCACCCCGCGCCACUAGAACAUGUACCUUGACCAGUGAGACGCAGUACAUCUCCAACCAGGCCUUCAAUGGAAGCCUGGAGGAUGCCAGGCAGUAUACGUUUGACUUUGGAGUCAUAGCCUUAGGGGUGUCGGAGACGGAGGCGAAAGUUAGACUCAAUCCUCUCCUCCUUCCCAAAGACGACACAGACCUCCGUCUCAGCGCCUCAGAGGGCUUCCAUUCCAUCCACAGAGAGCCUCCCGAACGAUCAGCGGAAACCAGGAGAGCCCUCGUGGACUCAGGGCUGUAUCUGUGUGUCACCUCAGACCACAGACACUCAGCCAUCCAGUGGUCCAGGAUGGAAGAUGGCGUCAACACCUAUCUGUUCCGGGACCUACGCCCCGGCGCCAACUACUCCCUCUGUCUCACCUACAGAGGAGAGGACUGUGAGGUGCAGGUCCUCUUCACCACCAGGAAGAGAGUUCCUAACCUGUUGAUCAUCAUAGUCGUCAGCAUCUGUCUCCUCACCGUUUCCACCGUGCCCCUGCUGGGGGCGACCUGCUUCCACCUGGUCUACAAAUACAGGAACAAGACCUACAAGCUCAUCAUGAAGGCUAAAGACCACCAGCACCACAUGGAGAGGAACCUGGUGGUCAACUUCAACCUGAGGAACUCGUACGCCGAGUCACAGAGGCAGAUCACAGCCAGCGAGAUGGGGGAGGGAGAGGAGGGAGAGUGGGGGAGUGGGGGAGAGGGGGAGAGAGAGGGGGACGUGGAGGGGAGUGUGGUGACCGAGUCCUUCACUCUGUCUCAGUACAGAGGGAAUCUGGAUGAGUGUGAGGUGGGGUCAGAGUACAGUGAUAGGUUACCGCUAGGGGCGGAGGCUGUUAAUAUCUCUGGGCACUACAAAGAGCCACACCACUGAUCCUGAUGUCGUCGUGUUAGUAUUUGAUAGAUAGUCUUGACUAGACAGGUUCUAGUCAUCUUCAGUCACGAUCACAUGUCAUGUAAGUCUCACAGUAACUGUUUAUCUAUCCAUGAGAGAAAACCCUAUGUGACCAAAAUGUCUGCCAUAUCAAUCGCCUGGAUACAGUGUAGACAAAAUCAUAGGUGCUUCUGCUUUUGAAUGGAAAAGUAAAGGAAGGUAGUUUCUUAUGUAUGCUGUGAAGAUUAAGUUAAAAAAACAAACAUAUUUGUAGUAAAAUAUGUCAACGUCAUGUAAAAUAAACCCCUCCUGUGUGCUCUUAACAGUGAUGUUUCCUGAGACUUGUGACAGUCAUUCAGUGUAGUCUGUCACAGGCAAGGAAAAAAAAAAUGUUUAACUGCAUCUAAAAUGUCUCUUCUUAAAGUAACAGAUGCACUUAUGAAUGUUUACGUUCAUCUAUUGUAGGCUAUCAAUGCUAUUUUUUUUAAUCUAUAGUGAAUGUCCACAAUGUGAACCCUUUAAGCUGUAAGUCACAAGCUAUUGGUGUAAGUCACUUUACAGUAACCUUUAACCUGGUAUUGUGUCAAUAAUAUAUCUUUUACAUUUACAUUUUAGUCAUUUAGCAGACGCUCUUAUCCAGAGCGACUUACAGGAGCAAUUAGGGUUA